UUCUCGUCGGAAGCUCGCGCGCUGUCACGUUUAUGCUCGCAGGCUCGUGGUUCGUGUGGAUACAGGACCCGUGUAGAUCCGACCCGUUCGCCGUUACCCGCUUGUCAGACAACUUCGAGUUGAACCCAAAUAUGUCUACCAUCGUCUGCUGUCAAACGGAUCAGGUUAUAAUACACGACCAACCUAGAAAAGGUUUCAUUCUAUAGCCAACGGGAUCCCGAGGACUUGAUUACAGUCGCUCUAAGCCUGAGAGUUUGCGUUAGUGCGGCUGCCCGCCCUUCCAUUCGCUCUGCGCUAGCUGGUUCCCUGGCAUCACCUCUGCCACCUGCUCAGAAGUGAAGGAAAGACCUGGUUGUUAGACCCCCAGCACAACUGUUUCUCCAAGAAUUACGGAAUUUCUGAUUAGGCUUACCUCCCAAAACUGCAAAAAUGAUUCCAAAUGGAUAUUUGGUCUUCGAGGACGAGACGUUCCUGGAUUCUACUGUUGCCAAGAUGAAUGCCCUUAGGAAGAGUGGACAGUUCUGUGACGUUAGACUGCAGGUGUGUGGUCAUGAGCUGAUGGCGCACCGUGCAGUCCUGGCUUGCUGCAGCCCGUACCUGUUUGAGAUCUUUAACAGCGACCUGGAGCCUCACGGCAUCUCCCAUGUGAAGUUUGAGGAUCUGAACCCUGAGGCUGUGGAGAUCCUGCUCAACUACGCCUAUACUGCCCAGUUGAAAGCAGAUAAGGAGUUGGUUAAGGAGGUCUACUCUGCAGCCAAAAGGCUUAAGAUGGAAAGGGUGAAGCAGAUUUGCGGAGACUACCUGCUCUCUAAGAUGGAGUCCCAGAAUGCCAUUUCCUAUCGCAACUUUGCCAGCAGCAUGGGGGAUACUCGUCUGCUAGCCAAGAUUGACUGCUACAUCCAGGAACAUCUUUUGGAGAUCUCGGAGCAGGAGGAUUUCCUCAAAUUGCCUCGUCUGAAGUUGGAGGUGAUGCUAGAGGAUCAUCUGAGCUUGCCCAGCAAUGGGAAGCUGUACUCGAAGGUGAUCAGUUGGGUGCAGCGCAGCCUGUGGGAGAACGGGGAGCCGCUAGAGAGACUGAUGGAGGAGGUGCAAACGCUGUACUAUUCGGCCGAUCACAAGCUGCUCGAUGGGGGCCUGCUUGAGGGCCAGGCCGAGGUGUUUGGCGCUGAGGAUGACCGCAUUCAGUUUGUGCAGAAAAAGACACCGCGAGAGAACGUUCACAGGCAGCUGAGCAACAGCUCCUCCGGCAGCCUCUCACCCGGCUCCGCCAAACAGGAGUGGAAGUACAUCGCCUCUGAGAAGACCACCAACAGUACAUACCUGUGCCUGGCGGUGCUCAACGGCGUGCUGUGUGUCAUCUUCCUGCAUGGGCGGAGCAGUCCCCAGGCCUCACCCUCGGCCACGCCCUGCCUGCAGAAGAGCUUGAGCUUCGAGGCUCCGUUCCUAGAAGAGGAUCAGGAGCGGCUGCUGGCUCCCAUGCACUACGCCCGCUCUGGCCUUGGCACUGCUGCGCUGAACGGCCGACUGAUUGCUGCAGGUGGUUAUAACCGUGAGGAGUGCCUGAGGACUGUGGAAUGUUACGACCUGAAGACCGACAGCUGGAGUUUUAUUGCACCGAUGAGGACACCUCGGGCCCGCUUUCAGAUGGCUGUGCUUAUGGAUCAGCUGUAUGUGAUGGGUGGCUCCAACGGCCACUCGGAUGAGCUGAGCUGCGGGGAGAUGUACAAUCCAAAUUCAGAUGAGUGGACCCAAGUGCCAGAGCUCCGGACCAACCGCUGCAACGCAGGCGUCUGCUCUCUCAACAACAAGCUCUAUGUUGUGGGCGGAUCGGACCCCUGUGGGCAGAAAGGUCUGAAGAACUGUGACACUUUUGACCCUGUGACCAAGGAGUGGACCAGCUGUGCCCCCUUAAACAUCAGGAGGCACCAGGCAGCCGUGUGCGAGUUGGAUGGGUAUAUGUACGUGAUUGGAGGAGCGGAGUCCUGGAACUGUCUAAACAGUGUGGAGCGCUACAAUCCUGAGAAUAACACCUGGACCCUGGUCGCCCCCAUGAACGUGGCUCGGAGAGGCGCUGGUGUGGGCAUCUACGCAGGAAAGCUGUUUGUGGUGGGCGGCUUUGACGGCUCACACGCCCUACGCUGCGUAGAGGUCUACGACCCGGCCCGCAACGAGUGGAGGAUGCUGGGGAGUAUGAACUCGGCGCGGAGCAAUGCUGGUGUGGCUGUGCUUGGCAACCUCAUCUUCGCAGUGGGCGGCUUUGAUGGCAACAACUUCCUCAACACAGUGGAGGCGUACAACCCGGAGCUGGACGAGUGGAGCACCUGCGCUGAGGCUUUCAGCAGCGCCUGAUAGAUGUGAUAGGCAGAAGGAUGGGGCGUGUUAUUGGGUAAUGUCUCUCUCAAACUAACAGGCUUAGUGACGUAAUCGUGCUUCGUGAUGUCAUGUAUGUUAAUGGGAAAGGGGGUGGGGCUUUGGACUUUGUAGGGGGGGUUAUGUGGGUCUUCAGUGAAGACUGACUAGAGAUUGGGAUGGUAGGGAUGAAUUCGGGGGGGGGAAGCAAGUGCUGUACAUAUGUUUUGUUUUUAUUUUUUUUUUCAUUAGCAUUUUUUAUUUUACAGAGAUUGCCAAUCUUUACUGCACAUUGAUUGAUUGUACCUUUAGAGUGGAUAUUUAAGUUAGGAAAGGAUUUUCAGUAAGGCAUUGUCAGGAUUAAUUGGUUAACCUGGUUUUAGCAGAUGAGUUGAUUUCAGUAGUUAGUGCAUUUUUAGAAUAUUAGCUCACAUGGUUACAUAAAAGCCUUAUUCAACAAACUAUCACUUGCAUAGCUUUUAUUUUCGCAUUAACUGUUAUGCAGGAUUGGUUUACCAAUCAGUAACGAUGGCCUUUUUAUAUUUUUGAUACACUGCUGAUUGAUAGAUGAGCUAAGCAGAUGCACAUGAACCUUAAAUCAGUGCCAGUUUAGUUAAACAAGUAUACACACUCGAGUGCACACAUGAACACAUUUGAACUUUUCUGCUAACUAAAAUCUGCGGUUGACUAACUCAUGACUUUUUUUAUUUCAAUGUCUAAUAUUUUCUGUGUUAAGAAUUUGAGGUACAUAGUUCUUCAAUGUUUUGUUUUCACAUUAAACUGAAAUGGUGGGUGAGAUUCUGUAUACCACUUGUUACAAGCUGAUAUUUCUUAACAAAUAGAUAAUUUCAGCCUCAAA